AUGUCAAAUAAAAAACUAACCGUGCUAUUUGCCCCUGCUCAGUAUGUGGGCCCUGUGAACGCCAGUAUAGGUAUGGCUGAGGUAUUGCGAGAUACCGGUCGAUAUCACUGUGUGUUUGCGGUGACCAACGAUUGGAAGUCACGGCUCGAGUCCAUUGGGUUUGAGGUGAAACUCAUGGGGCAGCCGGUGGCUGGGGAUGUAGUGGCGACUGAUUCAGCCGAUAGUAUUGUGGCUGUGGCCGAGGAAUAUAACGUUUUUGAAAACACCACUCCAUUGGAAAUGACUAUUCGUGUCAACGAUUUCUUUGUCAACUUUGGUCUCCAAGAGAUCACAGAAACGGAUCCAUUGAUUAAGGCUAUUAUACGGGAUCUGAAACCUGAUGUCAUAAUAAGUGACCAGGCUGUUCAAAUACCUAGCAUACCCUGGAUAUUUAGUUGGAGUAGUAACCCACUAUCAUUAAACUACGGUUUCCCGGAUAACAUACUCCCACCAGCAUUCUUAGGAUUGCCGACAAAUAGUGAGACAGAAGUGAAGGAGAAAUACAGACAACAACUGUGGGAAAGAAGUCGUGAAAAGUGGUAUAAAUAUAGGGAUCAAUUGGUUUCAAUGGGAUGUCCCAAACUUCAAGAGUUCCUAAUCUGGACCCCUUCCCCAUACGCUAACAUUUAUAUGACUCCUAAGGAAUUGGAUUAUACGGACGUCAGACCACUUCCCGACAAUUUCUAUGCAUUUGAUUGUUUCAAACGCAGUGGAAAUGAAGAUAACUUUGAAAUACCGGAAACUCUUAAGAAUAGGUCCGGAAAAUUGAUUUACUUGUCGUUGGGUUCAAUGGGUUCCGGAAAUGUAGAGCUCAUGAAGAGAUUGGUUGCGAUUUUGUCCAAAUCUAAGCACCGGUUCAUUGUCUCCAAAGGUGUCAAU